CGGACUCCCCCCCUUUCUCCCUUCUCGAUCCUCCCAUCGCCCCCCUCCGAGCUCUGAGUAUGCCCUAGCACCGUCCGGACCUCCUCCUCUCUCCAGGCUGCUCCGCCGUCAAGCUCCGCCUUCCUCUCAACUUGCCUGCUGCCAUUACAGGCUCCGCCGUCAAGCUCUUUGAUGCUAACGCGGGCCCCCUUUGGCGUAAGCGGUCCUGGAGCUCCUCUUGGUCGGGUAAGUGGUUUGUCGGGUCUCAGCUCCACCUGACCCUCAUUCGGCGGAUAGUGGGUCCGCGAUUUGCGCCCGAUCCAGGUUUCGGCAUUGGACAUGGAGGACGUGCCCAAGGGGAAGCUCCCGGAGCACCUCGAGCUCCAAAGGACGCGCGUCGUGUGCAAAGGCGACGCUCCCAUUCAUACAGAAGGUAUUCAGUACUCUGGAGCAUAUGCGUCGAUGGGAGUUGACAAUAGCUUACGAAUGGACAACUUCUGCAAGAAUUUUAAAAUUGAAAUUAAACGGCUUACAGAGGACGAGAUGGAAUUUGAUAUGAUUGGAAUUGAUGCUUCAAUUGCUAAUGCAUUCAGGAGAAUCCUCAUUGCAGAGGUUCCCACAAUGGCUAUUGAGAAAGUUUUUAUGGUUGAUAACACCUCAGUUAUUGCAGAUGAGGUACUAGCACAUAGGCUAGGCCUUAUUCCACUAGAUGCUGACCCAAGACAAUUUGAAUAUCUUUCAGAAAAUGAUGUUCCGAAUGAAAGGAAUACUAUUGUUUAUGAAUUGAAAUUAUCAUGUAAAAAGGGUUCUCCACGGCUUACAGUAAAGUCAGAUCAAUUGAAGUGGUUGCCGGACGGCAGUCAACUUCACAAGGAAACUCCUAGCCAGUCCGCGGAACCAAAAACAUACACUUCUUUCAGUGGCAAUCAACUAGAAGUCUCUAAGAAGCCCUUGGGAGUGACGUAUAAAGAUAUUAUUCUUGCUAAGCUUGGUGCAGGACAGGCCAUUGAGCUUGAGGCACAUGCAGUGAAGGGUAUCGGCAAAGAUCAUGCCAAGUGGUCUCCAGUUGCUACAGCGUGGUACAGAAUGCUUCCCGAGGUUGUAUUUCUGAAAGAAGUUACUGGGGCUGAUGCGGAGGAGCUCGUAAAGAAGUGUCCGGUUAAUGUUUUUGAUAUUGAAGACCUCGGAAAUGGUAAGAAGAGAGCUGUAGCAGCAAGACCACGAGCCUGCACCCUCUGCAGAGAAUGCAUCCGAGGGGUAACUGAAGAAGCCGUGGAACUAAGGCGUGUCAAAGAUCACUUCAUCUUUACCAUUGAAUCUACUGGAGCUCUACCUCCGGAAGUGCUUUUCACUGAAGCUGUGAAGAUCUUGGAAGAGAAGUGCAACCGACUGAUAACCGAACUUUCCUAACACCCCCUUUCCAGGUCUCCAGUAACUAAUGUAACGAAUUCGAUGCAUUAAACGCAAACCGGAGUUUCGCGUUCCUCAGAAAUGUUAUAUGUUAGCAAAAUAUAAUCAGAAACUUUUUAUGUUACCAUUUUCGGAAAGAGUGAUUAAUCUGUGUAAUAUAUGCUUCAACAAAAUAUAAGUUAUCUCAUGCAAGCGACUUUGGUGGGUCUACCCAACGGGUAGACUGUUCUGAUUUGCAUAGUUGAAA